UGUGUGUGUGUGUUAUUUCUACUUAGGCGUCGUUUGAAGAAGGCAGCGUAUCUUGCGGUAGGUCAGAGCACCUGUACCGUAGACGAUGCAGGUACCACCUCUUCCGAAAUGCUCCGACACUCGCCUGUUGCGACUGAUUAUUCUGCGAUUGAAGAACCUUCCACUUCUUAUGAGCUGCUGCCACACUCGCCUCCUGCUGACGAUUUUUCUGUGAUUGAAGAACCUUCCACCUGUUAUGAGAUGCUUCCACACCCGCCUGCUGCGAAUGAUUUUUCGACCGUGGAAGCGUAUGAAGAAAACGUGGAAGAAAUUGAGGCGUAUGAAGAAAUCGUGGAAGAAAUUGAAGCGUAAGAAGAAAUCGUGGAAGAAAUUGAAGCGUAUGAAGAAAACGUGGAAGAAAUUGAAUCUGAUUUAGAAGAUUACGCAUUAAUAAAAACAGCAGAACCACCGCAGUUGGAAGAAAAAUCAGUUUCUAGCGGGAUAGAUUUCGUCGAUUUUCAACAUGUUUUCAAGCAAAUAAUACAGCUUGGAAAACAUUCAAGUAUCGGCUGUGGCGUGGAACACUUCCAAAUAAUUGGAUGUCAACAAAACGGACUUGAAAAAAAGUACAAAGUAAAAUGCCAAAUGUGUAAUCACGUUGAGUGCGUAUCGUGCCUUCAGAACAGUGAUAACACGAUGGACAUCAACCGCAGCGCUGUUUCCGGUACAAUGAUGACAGGCGGCGGAUACAAUCAACUAGAAGAAAUACUUUCUGGCAUGAACGUGUCCUGCAUGAGCAAGAGAAUUUACGAAAAAUGCCAAGAUGAAAUAAUCGAUGCGUUCGAAUUGGCUGCGCAACGAGAAAUAGAAGACGCAGGGACAUUAGAAAAAGAGCUAGCCAUAGCAAGAGGCGAUAUGCUUCCAGGCUGUAAUAUACCAUGCAUUCCAGUUGUCGCAGAUGGCAGCUGGAUGAAGAGAUCAUACCGUGGAGGUGAUUACAACUCUCUGUCUGGUGUAGGAGCCAUCGUGGGAUACCACACCAAAAAGGUGUUCUACAUCAAUGUAAAAAAUAAAUUUUGUAUAAUUUGCCAAACCGCUGCCAAGAAGAAGGAAGAGGCACGGCAGCAUCGUUGCUUUAAAAAUUGGGGUCGUAACCAGAAUUCAACUGGUAUGGAAAGUGCUGCUAUUGUAGACGGAUUUAAAUGCAGCAUACAAAUGCACGGCCUGAUAUAUUCAAUAUUAGUUGCCGAUGGAGAUAGCAGUGUGUACAAAAAGAUAUUGGACAAUGAUCCAUACAAAGAAUAUAUGGUGCAUGUACGAAAAAUUGAAUGUACCAAUCACCUGCUACGCAACUUUAGUAGAAAAAUAAAUGAGAUCGCCACAAAAAGCCGCUUCAAAGAACUACGAGCUAUUGUAAAAGAGAAUGCCCUGCGUCUGCGCACUGGUGUGAAAAAAGCUGCAGAAUACCGAUUCAAAGAGAAAGUAACACUCGCUGAUCAAAUAAAAAAUUUAAAAACAGAUAUGAAAAAUGUAGCGAGUCAUGUUUUCGGUGAACAUCAGGAGUGUCAACGACUAGCAUACUUUUGCAACAAAUACUCUGACCCGAACGGAGUGAACUAUGUUCCACAAUUGAAAGAAUGCGGUAUUUAUCAAAGCAUUGAAGAAGCAAUGCAACCGCUCUUUCCUCAAGCUGAAAGCUUGUUAUAUGGAUUAAAUAAUAAUGCAGUGGAGAGUUUCAAUAACAUAAUUGUGAAAUUCAUCGGUGGCAAAAGAAUAAACUUUGGACUCAAGGGCUCGUAUCAGGGUAGAGUCUCUGCUGCUGUUCUUCAUUUCAAUUCAAGAGAGUCGUUCAGCCGAUUGAGUACUGCUAUGAACAAGGAACCGACAGCCAUCGUACAAAAUAUGGAACAACGACGUAAGCAUGCAUCGCAAAUGGCAGCGAAAUAUAAGCAAAAUGCCAAAGCAUGUUCUUCUCGAUACGAAAAGCAAUCGUGCGACAAAGAUUACGGCCCCACGGCAGAAAAACCAGAUAUGGAAGAAGCAGUAUUCUCUUCUGAGUGUGAGAGGCACAUGCUUACACUCCUUCAGUGGCAAACGAUGAGACAUAAAAUUGAAGCAGAAACUCGCGAUCAGGCCAAGAGCGAAAAAUGGAUAGCCUACCGUAAAAAAUUAUUAACUGCAUCGCAUUUCGGCAAGGUAUGCCGAUUGAGAAAGAAUACACCAAGAGGAAAUACGAUAAAGAGUAUAAUGUAUCCGCAAAUUCAAUAUUCGCGUUCCCUUGAAUACGGAAGAGAGAACGAGGCAAAUGCCUUGAAACAAUUGGAAACGGAAAUGGGAAUCCAUAUUCUACCGUGUGGUUUAUUCAUCGAUGCCGUUGUGCCUUAUUUAGGUGCAACUCCUGACGGCCUCGUGGACGAUGAUACUAUCGUCGAAGUGAAAUGCCCUGAAUCGGCGAAGGAUUUAUCGCCUGCUGAAGCAAUAGAGCAACUUCCUGCAAUACGGCGUAUUUUCCGGGGUGAUGAAAUGAAUAAAAUUCAUCAUUACUAUUAUCAAGUGCAAGGACAGUUACACAUAACGAAUAGACAAUGUGCUCUAUUCUGUUUAUGGACAAAGAAGGGAAUAAAAAUUACAAAAGUAUAAAGAGACGACAGAUUCUGGGCAACAGAAAUGGAGCAAAAACUGAAAAGGUUUUAUGAAGACUCCAUGUUGCCAGAAAUUAUAGACAGCAGAUUUAAUCGGCAGCAACCUAUUAGAGAGCCUGCAUACAUAAAACAGAGCAACAAUACAUGUACCAGUACACAAGAAAGUACAUGUGACGACGUACAUAAAAAUCAGAAUUGCACCGACGAGUGCACACACCACACAUGAUGAGGUGUAUAAUAAACGAUUGCAAUAUAAGGUCGCAAUGCACCUGCGGGUGCACACAGCUCAUAUGAUGAGCUGUUCUACAGUCUAUUCAGACUACACUCGGCGGUGCACACACCACACAUGAUGAGGUGUAUAAUAAUAUCUUUGACGGGGGUGGUGGUGGAUCUCUUCACACUCUCCUAUUAAUUUUUACUUUCAGCUACUUCUUUAUUUUAUCGGAAGGGAAAACAAUUUAUAAUCUGGGAGGAAACGGGAAUACACGUGUAUAAAAAGGUAAGUACAAUGCCUCUAUUUUUAUUACCUGUACGUGAAUUCAUUUAUAAUCAUUAUCAUGUUGUAUUUAUUUAUUUAGGAGGUCCGCAAUAAAUGCACAGAAGUACAAAUGUGGAGAGUGAAGAGGACUGUCUUUGACGGGAGUGGUGGUGGGUCUCUUCACACUCUCCUAUUAAUUUUUACUUUCAGCUACUUUUCCUUACUUUGCAAGGGAAGAGAACAAUUUUUUCAUAUCAAAUGGAAAUAUGUAUGACAGCGUAAGUAUGACACAUACUUUUAGGUACAAAAGUACAAAUGUGGAGAGUGAAGAGGACCGUCUUUGACGGAGGUGGUGGUGGGUCUCUUCACACUCUCCUAUUAAUUUUUACUUUCCUAAUAGUGGAUUCAUCAGGAAGUAUCAAACCAGGGUGUACAGCAUGAUAGUACAAGCGAUUCGGAAUCGUCUCAACCAAAUUGUAUACAUAAUGUUUGUUCAAUAAUUGCUUUCAAUUAUCUUAUAAGUGUAUGGAGUUCAUGUUCUACUGUAUUAUUUCAUUAAUA